CUCUGACUUGGCCCCAAAGUAACUCUCACAAUAUAUGAUCACCUCGAAACCGCCCAACUCCAGCAACGGGGACUCGUUCUCUGUAACCGCCCAAACAAAAUGGCUUCAAGCGUCCCUCUCCUCGGCCCACCGGAGGCCUACCGGAAAUCAGAAUCUGCCGUCGACGGGACCAACUCCCCCGUCGAAUCCAAGCUUGAAAACCUCAACCUCAACGGCGGGAGCGGACGCGGAGGCAGAGGUGGCGGACGCGGCGGCGGUGGCGGUCGCUCCGGGAAAUCAACUCGUCCACGGUUCGGAAGGACAGAGAACGGCUCCCUCACGUACAAGGCGGCCGGAAACCCCUGCCUCGACUUCUUCUUCCACGUAGUGCCGUCCACGCCGAGGGAGUCGGUGGUUAAACGGCUGAGGAAGGCGUGGCGUUUUGAUCCGCUCACGACGCUGAAGCUGAUCUGCAACUUGCGGGGCGUAAGAGGGACGGGAAAAUCCAACAAAGAGAAGUUCUACACCGCCGCGCUCUGGCUCUACGAGAAACACCCGAUUACUCUGGCUCGCAACGCGAGAGUGAUCGCCGAUUUCGGUUACUUCAAAGAUCUACUCGAGAUUUUGUACCGAUUGCUGGAAGGGAGCGACGUGAGGGACAUAGCGCGAGGGCAGUGGCAGAGCAAGAAGCGGAGUUACGGCAAGGGAGACGUGAGGAAGGCUUACUUCCUGGCGAAGAAGGCGGCGGCGAAGGGGAUUGUUCGACGACGACGACGACGCGGCAGAGUUGUGAUCCAACCGCCGCCAUCGAAGAAGACGAAAUCUACGGUUCCAAGAAGAGUGCGAGUCAAGCGGAACCAAGCGAAGGUGAAGGCGGCGAAGGAGGAGGCGAGAGUGAAGAGGAAAGAGAAGGUGAUCUCCAAGGCGACAAAGGCAUUCUUGAGGUACCUUUCCGACUCCGAUUUCCGAUUGCUCCACGAUUCAAUCGCGCAGAUGUUCGCCGACGCUCUGAAGCAAGACCUGGAGAAUCUGAGCGCUCGCCAAUUCCGCAACAUCAGCCUGGCCGCCAAAUGGUGCCCGUCGUUGGAUUCUUCUUACGACAAGGCGACUCUGAUCUGCGAGAGCAUCGCCAGGAGAGUCUUCCCCAAGGAAUCAGAUCCCGAAUACGAAGGAAUCGAGGACGCGCACUACGCGUACCGCGUGAGGGAUCGGCUGAGGAAGCAGGUUCUGGUGCCUCUCCGGCGAGCAAUUAAACUUCCCGAGGUGUACAUGAGCGCCAGGCAGUGGCGGAACCUGCCUUACGACAGAGUUCCUUCAGUGGCGAUGAAGAAUUACAAGGGCCACUUCGUGAAGCACGACGGGAAGCGAUUCAACAAGUACUUGGAAGAUGCGGCGCAGGGGAAGGUCAAGAUUGCAGCCGGAGCGCUACUUCCCCAUGAGAUCAUCGCAGAUCUGAAGUCCUCCUCUGCCGACGGAGGCAAAGUGGCGGAGCUCCAAUGGGCGAGAAUGGUGGAGGAUAUGGCGAAGAUCGGGAAGCUGAAUGAUUGCAUCGCCGUCUGCGAUGUAUCCGGGAGCAUGUCAGGGGAGCCGAUGGAAGUGUGUGUUGCUUUGGGGCUGUUGAUUUCGGAGCUGAGCGAGGAGCCGUGGAAAGGGAAGGUGAUCACGUUUCACGAAGACCCGCGGCUGAAUGUGGUGGAGGGUAAGAGCCUUUUCGAGAAGACGGAGUUCAUAAGGAAGAUGGAUUGGGGAGGGACCACGGAUUUCCAAAAGGUGUUCGACAGGAUCUUGGAAGCCGCGGUGGAGAACGGCGCGAGUGAGGAGCAAAUGGUGAGGAAGGUGUUUGUUUUCAGCGACAUGGAGUUCAACAUGGCAUCGGGCCAUUACCACUAUGGUAACUACGGCUAUGGCAGUCGUGGUUAUGGAUACGGGUAUAGUGACGAUUCUGGUGACGAUGAUUCUUCGGAUGAAUAUUACGGUGAGGAAGAUGGUGGAGGCAGGGUAGAUGGAGAAGAGGAAGAGGAAGAGCAGAGGCCGGUGGAAGGAUGGGAGACGGACUACGAGGCGAUCCAGAGGAAGUUCAAGGAGAAGGGGUUUUCGAGGGUGCCGGAGAUAGUGUUCUGGAACCUGAGGGACUCGUCGGCGACGCCGGUGAAGGCGACGCAGAGUGGGGUGGCGCUGGUGAGUGGCUACUCGAAGAAUAUGGUGAAGCUGUUCAUGGAGGAAGGCGCGAUCGCUGAUCCGGUUUCGAUAAUGCACAAGGCCAUCGAGGGGGAGUUGUAUCAGAGAUUGGUUGUCUGCGAUUAGAUACCUUUUUCUCGAAAUUUUUCCAAAUCAUCCUGUUUUCAUGAUUAUCAAUAAAGAGUUUUCAUUGUG